AAUAUACCUGAAACGAGUUUCCAAAAUAUUUGGCCGAGACAUAAUGGCCCAAGCGAUAAAAACUUUUUUUUAUUACAAGUCCAAACUCCCUAUAAAAACAAAUAUUCCCUUAAAAAUACCACAGUCACAUCCAGACACUCACCCAGAAUGGCGCACUUUUUCGUUUUCACGCUCUUUGUCGUUACAAUUGCCACAACCCUUGCUGCUACAACCCACCCCACCCAUGGUGGUAUAGACAUCCACAACGAAAAACCCAGGCCAGAACAUCACCAUGAAGAACAGCACCAAGGCGAGCAUCACCGUGAGGAGCAAAAACCUGGAGAACAUCACCAGGGAGAACACCAUCGUGAAGAACAAAGGCCCGGACAACAUCAUGGUUCUGGGGAACAUCAUCAAGAACAAAGACCUGCAGGACAUCAUCAAGGAGGUGAACAUCAUCGCGAAGAACAGAGACCUACAGGGCAUCAUCAAGGAGCAACUGGAGAACAUCAUCGAGAGGAACAGAGACCUACAGGGCAUCAUCAGGGAACAACUGGAGAACAUCAUCGAGAGGAACAGAGACCGACAGGACAACAUCAUGGAGGAACUGGUGAGCAUCAACGCGAAGAGCAUAAACCAGGACAAGGGGAACAUCAUCAUGGGCAAUAAUUUUAAACUAAUUUGUAUCAAUAAAUGGCGAGAGUAUUCAUGAAUAUAUCACUUGAAAUGAUUUGUUGGUCUUUUAAUUCGACAUAACCUUGAUCAUUUACGGAUGACCUUCGCAAAACAGCUUCUUUCGUCUAAAAAUCAUCAUUAAUACCAACAUAUAGUGCAUCGACGUUUUUAAAUUUUAUGGUUACUCGAAGAAACCAGCAAGACAAGUAUUUAUAUUGUUCCUUAAUUUAUGCAUGUGUUAAAAUGGUAAUUUUGCCCUUUAAUUUACGUCUGGUGUAUAAAAGAAACAACUCUCACUCUGUGUUAAGCACAAUCGAAUAAUGAAGUCUAAUUUGAUGAUCAUUUUUCUUUUGGCUGUGGGAGUUGCAUUGGUGGUUUCUUCACCUAUUGGUGACGAACCAAAAUCAGAAACUUCUUCUUCAUUGCCCGGAAGUGUUAACAAUAAUGGAAACGUAGGAGUUAAUGCUGGUUCAUCUGGUCAACCUGGAAGAUAUGGCCAACAAGAUCAUGGAAAAACAAAAGUGUAACUUUAUGUGAUGCUUUAACAUUAAUAAAAACGCAAAAAUGUAA